UGCAAUCCUCGUGGACAACGAUGGAGUUUGUUUCUACCGAGGAAAAGAGAAAAAUUACGGUCGUUGCUUAACGCGAAUGAUUGAUGAUAUCGUGUUAUUUCCGGAGAAUAAUCUGGGAUGUGUAUUCAUUCUCUGACACGUGCCGCACCGUUUCCUGAGCCAUGUGUGACCGCGGGAUACAUCAGAAAAUGCCCGUUGGAUGUGCGCCUGAUCUGAUUUAACGGCUCACGGCGUCAUUUGCGAUGAGUGGAUUGCGAAGGGGCAGCAAGAUGCGAGUGACGAAUUCAAGCCAGUUAAGCUAUGGCAACGGCAUAUGGAAUCUUAACGACGACACUCGUGCCGAACUUGCUAAGAGCUUGGAGUUGAUGUCAAUCCCCCGCCCUCGAAUCGGUGGGAAUCGCAAGCCUCAGGAGGACUGGUCCAUUCCGCUGGCAUUUUGCGAUGAACGUCAUAUCGAGGAUGUGCUUGGACUUGGAACAAUUUCGAAUUGUUGGAGAAUGAAGGAGAGGAUGAAAACCGUGAGUGUUGCGCUGGUCAUGUGCCUUCGCAUUGGAAUCGAUCCACCAGACGUCAUCAAGACUCACCCCUGCGCACGUCUUGAAUGUUGGAUUGAUCCGCAGUCAAUGAGUGCCGAAAAAGCAUUACCUGCAAUUGGAAGUGCACUUCAAAAACAGUACGAACGCUGGCAGCCGCGAGCAAGGUACAAGUGCAGUUUGGACCCUACUUCCGACGAGAUUAAGAAGUUGUGCACGACUCUUCGUCGGAAUGCCAAAGACGAACGAGUCUUGUUCCAUUACAACGGACACGGAGUUCCGAAGCCGACAGAGAAUGGAGAAAUAUGGGUCUUCGAUAGGGGUUAUACGCAAUACAUUCCGCUGUCGAUUGCGGAAUUGCAGAAGUGGAUGAGUGCGCCGUCCUUGUUUGUUUAUGAUUGCUCAAAUGCUGGUAUGGUCGUUAAGAAAUUCAAGGAUUAUGCUGAAGGGCUUGAACGCGAGUAUGAUUUGCUGCGUCUCCAACAGAACCACUUUGCUCAAUCGUUACCGCCCCAAAACGCUAUUCGCAAUUGCAUACAGCUUGCGGCCUGUUCCGCAGAUCAAAUUUUGCCAAUGAAUGCAGAGCUUCCUGCAGACUUGUUCACGUCGUGUCUCACAACUCCGAUACGUAUGGCUUUGCGCUGGUACGUACUGCAGAACCGAUCACGCUUGGUUCCGGCGAUCACAGUUGAUAUGGUGGACAAAGUCCCGGGUAUUCUAAAUGAUCGCCGCACAAUGCUUGGGGAACUCAAUUGGAUCCUCACUGCUAUAACAGACACGAUUGCCUGGAAUACUCUUCCUAGAGAUUUGUUCCAGAAGCUAUUCCGGCAGGAUCUACUCGUAGCUAGCUUGUUCCGGAAUUUUUUGCUGGCAGAACGAAUCAUGAGGUCGUAUGAUUGCGUACCGGUGUCAUCACCUGCUUUACCUGCUACUUAUCAACAUCCGAUGUGGCAAGCGUGGGACUAUUCCCUGGAUAUGUCUUUGUCUCAGCUGCCAAAAAUGCUCGAGUCUGUGGCGGGAACUGUUGCCUCAGACUCUGUCAGCGCUGCUGCUGCUACUACUACCUUGCUGACCCAGCAACAGCACAAGCCAGUUCCGUUUUUUGCGCAACAGCUCACUGCUUUUCACGUGUGGCUCAAGAUGGGGUUCGAGACCCGGAGUCCCCCCGAGCAGUUGCCCAUUGUGCUUCAAGUUCUUCUAAGCCAAGUACAUCGGUUGCGAGCGUUGGAGCUGCUGACGAGCUUCCUGGACAUUGGCCCAUGGGCCGUCAACUUGGCCCUCUCCGUCGGCAUUUUCCCGUACGUUUUGAAGCUGUUGCAGAGCAAUGCCAGGGAACUCCGUCCUCUUCUGGUUUACAUUUGGGCCAAGAUCUUGGCAGUGGACGACACUUGUCAAAGCGACUUAUUACGAGACGGCGGCCACAAGUAUUUUCUGGCCAUCAUGAGUGACCCCCAUAUGUCGGCUGACGAGCGUUGUGCAGCAGUUUUUGUGAUUGCCCGCCUCGUGCGCAAGUACCCAGAGGCCCAGGAAGCAGCACUGAAGGAGAACACCAUUACUCUGUGCCUGUCGCAAAUCAACGAGCCUGAUGCAACGUUGCGGCUCUGGAUAACUCUGUGUCUGGGCCAUUUGUGGAUGAACCACAGUGCGUCCAGGUGGUGCGGUGUGCGGAACAACGCUCAUGAGAAGCUCAUUGAUCUUCUGACAGACUCGAGCCCUGAGGUACGCGCGGCAGCCGUAUUCUCGUUGGGAACGUUCAUUGGGAGUAUCAAGCCGAAGGAUCGCAGUGAGCAUGCCAAUACAGUGGAUCACUCGGUUGCCAUAUCGCUGCUUAAUGCUGUGUCUCGAGACGGAAGCCCGCUUGUGAGGAAGGAACUACUGGUGGCGCUCCAGUGGAUGGUGGCUGCUUUUGAAAGUGCUUUUGUAGCGGUGGCUGCGGCCAUGAUUGAAGAAGAGGAAGGAAGUGCCAGUUUGGCCUACAAUUCUCCAAUCUUACCCAGUAAUGCCGGCGGCGGGACGCUGCGGCGGAUUGCGACGCGCGUGUCGAUGGGCAGCCGACACGGCGGCGGCCUUGUGCCGGUGGAGAACAAGGCCGGGAGGUUCCAUGUGACGAUGCCAAUGGGUGUUGGGGACAACAUGCGGCGAGUGUCGUCGAGCUCGUCGAUCGCGAGUCAGGCCCUUGGCAGUCUCACAAGUGCUGUUUCAAUCCCGUCUGCAAGCACGCACGUUCGUCUGUAUCGAGGAUUUGAAGCGCUGAGUCGCGAUCCGAGUCCUGGAGUAGCUGAAAUGGCCAAGACUCUUCUCAAAAUUCUCCGUGCGAAGCGUUAUAGCAACAGCACUUUCGUCACGUUAGUCAGUGCGGUGCAAAAUAGCUGCGGAUGGAACUUGGCGCCACCGGCCCUGUACCUGCACAAGCCUCUUGUUGAGGCGACGGUUCCCCUGGUGUCUGCGAGCAGGGGACAUCAUCAUUACUACCGACCUGGUUCGUCCGACAGUGAGCACGAGGAGCAGGUCAAGUACAACACGAUCCACGCUGGCGUGAGUCCGUCGACAUCGGGCACGCUGGCCCGGCCAUUACGGACGUCGAUGCCCAGCGGCACCAGCAGCUCGUUGGUGUCCCGGCUGUCGGCCAUCAGUUCCAGCGCCAUUUCUUCCGGCAAAACGCGUCGCCUGUCGCCCACGCUGCAGCAGGCCCUGUCACCCAUCAAAACUGAAAUGGAGGAUUUGUUGCUGAGGAGGAUGCCGUCAUCAGCGACGGCAGAUCCGACGAAUAAGGGUCCUUUGAACUUGUCGACGGAGUUUGUUGAAUGGUGUGCCCGCACUUAUUCUGCGGGGAAAGCGAGCCGCCAUCGUGCCACCAGCUGGUGCGCGAGUGCUAGUCAUGCGGUGGCCAUGGGAGACUUGGAAAGUGACGCCUAUUAUCGGAGAGAGCUCAGGUUUCGGAAGAAUGCUCGGGUGCGUAGUGACGCAGCUGUGGAGCGUGGUCGUGUGAUGGAUGGACAAACGCGUCUGGAGGAACAGGUGAUGGCUGCGAGGAAUCUUUGGGCGCCGACGGUGAUGCGGUUACACCCGUACGAGCCGGUUCUGUUGGUGGCAGAUGAAGAGCAUUUGUCGACGUGGGACUUGGUGUCAGGGACCCGUCUCGGCUACCUCGAGAACCAGAACCCGCCUAAAUUGGGCAUUACGGCUGUUGAGGUGGUAAAUGCGCAGGAAGGAGUUGGUUCCUUGGUGAUGAUCGGUUCCCGCGACGGAGCUGUCCGCGUGUGGGCCAACUUGACUGAUGCCGACGCUACGGAUGCUGGAGGAGGAGGGUUGUCGAGCCCGAACGAAAUCGACGGUCGACCGUCACUGAUGGCGUACUCGGGCAGCAAGGGUACAAUACGAGUUUCGGCCGAAAGCUCGCUUAGUGGACACCAAUUUCAGCCAAAGCUCGUGACUGCUUGGCAGAUUUUUUCGGAACUCCUGCAAUCCACACGAAAUGCAGGUGUAUUACUCAAUUGGAACCAGCGAUGUGAGCAGGUGGCAGCUUCUGGAGAUGUGCGAGUGAUCCGGCUUUGGGACACGCGUCGCGAGUUGCGCAUUGCAGACUUGCCGACUGGCGCAGACUGUUGCGUAACUUGCUUGUCCCGUUCGCAGGACGGUAAUAUGAUUGCUGCGGGCUGCGGGGACGGCACCGUCCGUCUUUUCGACGUACGUCUCUCGCCGUCGGAUGCACGCGUCAAGGUGUGGCGAGAACACCCGUCUUGGGUUCUCGCUGCUAUGCUACACGAGGGGGAUGGCUCUGGAUUGCGUGUCGUGAGCGGAUGGUUCGUAUUGUCUAGUGUACCGGGAGAGGUGCGAAUCUGGGACUUGCGGCAGCAUGAGUCAAUGGCGUGCUUUCAGGGUGGCGAGCUGAUGUCAGCGAUGGCUGUGCAUCCUCAGUCCAUCAGGAGUUCCGGUUGGAUCAUUGCUUUCAAGUCGAGCACUGCGGGAUCAACGAACCACCAGAUCAGCAUUCACAAGGGACUGGUUGGCGAGUGUGUAGGGACGUACAAGUACUAUGAAGGGUUCAUGGGUCAACGGAUCGGACCCGUGUCGUGUUUGUCGUUUCACGAUUUCAACGUGAGACUCGCUUCGGGCAGCAGUGACACAACUUUGGGCGUCUAUGGACCCAAGUCUCUUGGAGCCUCGGGGACGUCGGCUCCGUCGGCGACGGUCUCAUCCUCCAAUUGUGCGUCUUCGUCCGCCUCAUCGACGUCCUCUUAUUCGUCUACGUGUGCUCCUUCGUACCAGACACCCUUGUAGUGGUCAUGUCCGGUGUUACUUGACGAUUGACGUAGUGACGACUCUUUGGAUUGCGACAAUGAAUAAAUUGUCAAUACGAGUUGUUGCUAAUGUGAGUUGUCUGGUAGCCUCGUCUGCGAUUCUUGGUUCGGGUUGGCGCAAUGCAGCGCCGGGACAAAGUAGUGCAUUGCCUCGUUUUCAAAUGCUUCUAUAAUCUUAAUUAUUUUUAUACCAUGAGACACACUGAGUUGCUUUCUAAUGCCUUAUUGUUGUACCCCGAGUAUGAAUGUGCAUCUCUUCUCGUGGGAAGGACAUUUUGGAGGGAAAUUUAAGGCAACAGGGAAGUGAGAGAGAGAGAUACUUGGCAAUUGGUAGGGAUACUAUGUCGUGAUCGAUAUUGUUUUCGCCUCUGCAUUCUGUUGGAAAGAAUGCUUUUUUUCCCCCUUGUCAGGAUUGUUAGCGUCAAUAGAGUGACAUGAGGGAUUCAGAGGCCUCUGUUGGAUUUUUUUUUCUGGUGCCGUUUGUUGUUCUUACAGGAGAAAGUGCCGUACGGGAUGAAUAAAGCCGUCAUCUGUUGAA